GCCGCUCUCUCCUCCCAAUUUCUCGACCCGUACAUAUCCCCCUAGAGCCCUGGUCACAGGAUGGCAUUCAGCGGAACAGGACAUAGGCUCGGCGAUGGAGACCCAAUAGUGCUCUCCGACACUGAAAGUGCUGCUCCUGUAUCGACUAGUCAUAUAGGGACCAUCCCGUCACUCAAAGAUAUUUGCCUCAGUACAUUGGAUCGCUACAUCGACCUGCUGGAGGACAUUGGAACGACACCAUACUAUCUAAUCGAGAGCGUCCUUCGAAAGUGCAAUGUCAAGCAGCUGACGCGGAUUGAAUUGCAUACGGAGGGGCUGAGCGAGUUGACAGACGAACUGUGGUAUAUACACGCCACGAAUGACUUUGAAGACCUUCGGAAAGAAGCACGGCAUUACAAUCACAGUGGAGAAUGGCGAUCAAGAUAUCACGCCAUGAAGCAGGAGGUUGAGGAGAGGUUUGAGCGCAGGAGGGCUCUACUUCGACAAUCUUACUCGCAGAUCGAUAAAGUCAAGCAGGAUAGACGUGUUAUCAUGGAUCCGAACCUGCGAUUGCCCAAGAAAUCAACCAAGACCACACCUUCCUGGUCCACUGCAGCGCCCAAGAAGAAAUCGCUCUUUGAGAAAGCAAGGACAGAGGCCAGAAAAAUCACACAAAUGUACAACACAAGUCCAUACCCACCGCCGCCCAGGACUAGAAUUACAGGCUCCAGCAGCAGCAGCACCGGAUCCCAGCCGGUUACGCGUCGUAUCGUUGCUCCAACCUCAGUCUUUGCCAACAAUAAUACUCCGAUUACUCUAGGCUCUGCCGCCUCACGGAACGAUCCUACAUUAAUGGCGCAUGGUCCCUCCACGUCGAAUCCACCAUCUGUAGCAACGCUAGCCAGUCGGACGAAACGAUACUCUUACAAAACAAGGCCAGUGGUCUACACAGCGCUGUCAAGGUCCCUACCCUUACAGAAUCCUGAUGAUUCCACAUCUCCCACCAUGAAAAGAGCACCCGUUGUCCAUAAUCCUAUUACUCCCACUGCACCCGGAGCCAUCGUAGAUUUCUUCAAAGAGAUCAAUCCAGCGCAUAGAUCCCCAUCUUCACCUCCAGAACUGCCAUCAAAGACAAUUCAGAUGCUGCGUGAGGACGCCGCCACAACUGUUCGAUACGAUUAUCCUCAGGGCCACGCAUACAGGAAGCCGCCAGACGGUGGUCCGCAGAUGAAGAAAGCAAAGGUCGACGGCGACUACAGCUGGCUUGAAGAUGAUGACGACGUCAGAGACGAUUAUCAAGAGGACAAGCAUCUCAAGUCGAAGGAUCAGUCCCGCAGCAAGGACAGCAGUAAGACACCUGUGUCACUCGAGGAGGCUGGACGACGAUUCUUUGAGAAGCUGAUCGGUAAAUGAUCAUAGACUGCAUUUUCACUUAUUCCAAGAGGCAGCGGAAUCCAGGACUGCCAUGCCGUGCCCAUUGGCGUCGAGACUGCGACACUGCCCUUUUGGGGCUAUUUCUGUCCUUGUGAACUACUGCCGUCCGCGUAAAUGAUGUCUGAUCGAGACCACGCUCUUCAGCUCUUUCAUGUGGUGACGCACCGCUGACAACAAUGUCAAGCUGUUGCCGCUCGCCUGUCGUGCCAGUGUCAAGGGCAGUACCUUUGCAGCUUCCACAUGAUUAGGAUACGUUCGUCACCAUCCAGUAAUUGCACCUGCGCAGAUAGCGCCCCACAUUUUGGCAAUAAACGAAUCAUAUGCUUUGCAGAAGAA